ACAGUUGCUAUUUAUAUCUCUGAAUGCCUAAGUCACAGAACCAUCUGAAGAGAAAAGUAUCGAUGACUUUGUUUCAAUCAAAAGCAAGACCUUGUUCAGUCAACUCAAAAUUGAUGACAGCUUUCCAGACGUGUGUCCAACUUCAUGGCCACAGAAUGAUUCUUUUCAGCAUGCUAAGAAUAAGAUGCAAACACUAAUAGCAGUUAACAAUAUGGCAGAAAGAGCAGUCAAGUUAAUGAAACACUUUCAUGGCUUAAUGACUGCUGUUGAGGAACAAAAACAAUUUUUAUUACAUUGCGUACAAGAACAUAGGCAGGUACUGUAAAAUGAAAACUUUGAAAAG